UCGAACUCUACCGCAUCCGAUUGCCGCCCUUCCCGUUUCGUUGCGUCUCUCCGCCUUUGAGAAUCCUUUUCGAAUUUCACACACACACACACUCACACUCGCACAGUCGCACACUCUCUCAAAUUGCUGAUUAUCGUGUUCGGAUACAAACCCAAAGCCCAAACCCGCAUAAACUCUUUCACUCGCUCUCUCAUACCUUUUCCCUCCAACACUCAAAAAGUUCUCUCUCUCUCCGCCAUGUCCAACUCAGGCGACGAUCCAUGCCGUCCAAUUCAACCGCCGGGCUUCCAGCCCUGGCUGCUCCGUUCUCAUUCGCAGACUUACAAACACUGCUCUGCCCGGAGAGCUCUCCCUUUCUCCCUCGUCGCUCCUCCCGACGACUCCAACGGGGACUCUCACACCUACGCGCACUCCGCCGCGUUCACUAAACAGUUUAAACUCGCGCCAUUGCAGCUGAGGCAAAAAAAUGAGUUAGAUAACUGUGAGGCCCAGAAACGUGGACAGGCAGCCAUUCUCAGGCGGUGCAAAUUAGCUAAUGAGCUUUCACUUAAACCAGAGCCUCGCAUUGGUGGAAACCAUGGGACUAACUCAAAGGUUCCAAAACAUGCCAAAUCUGGGACUCAAAAAACUGACACUGAGUCUCCUAAUAGUCUGAAUGCAGCUAAUAAUUGUCGUUACGACAGUUCUUUAGGCUUGUUGACUAAGAAAUUUCUCAGUUUGAUCCAGGAGGCUAAGGAUGGCAUCCUUGAUCUGAAGCAUACCGCAGAUGUCUUGAAGGUUCAAAAGCGGAGGAUGUAUGAUAUUACAAAUGUUCUUGAAGGAAUAGGAUUGAUAGAGAAAACUUCAAAGAACCAUAUACGUUGGAGAGGAUAUGAUGGGGUGGGCCCACAGGAGCUGGAUGAUCCAGUUGCUGCACUCAAGGCUGAAAAUGAAAGCUUAUAUCUUGAAGAAUGCAGUCUUGAUGAUUCUAUUAGGCAAAAACAUGAGCUUCUGAGGGGUCUGGAGGAAGAUGAAAAUUAUCGAAAGUACCUCUUUUUGAGAGAGGAAGAUAUUGCGACUCUUCCAUGCUUCCAGAAUCAAACACUUAUUGCAGUACAAGCUCCACAAGCUAGCUAUAUUGAAGUUCCUGAUCCUGAUGAGGAUAUCGAUUUCCGCCACCAAAGGCAGUAUAAAAUGAUUAUUAGAAGCAUCACCGGACCAAUUAAUUUGUACCUCUUGAGCCAAUGUGAGGAUAGGGAUGUCGAGCAGGCUAAAUCACGUGAUUUAUCAGCUGGGAGUGGCGACCAUUGCAGAGUGGAAGAUGCAAGGCAGCCUUUAGAAUGCCAGGGUAAUCGAAAGACUUCUUCUGAAAGUUUCAGCUUACAGACUUCAGAUGUGUCUGGGAUUCAGAAGAUUAUUCCUUCGUACAAUGAUAUUGACAAUGAUUACUGGUUUCACUCAGAUCCUGAAGUCAGCACGACAGAUUUGUGGGCAAAUGAGGACUGGGCCCAAGUAGGUGACUUCCUUGAAGAUGAUUCUUCAGAGAGUAGUGCAGCAUUGCCUCAGCCUGAAGCAUCACAUGGUGAUCUCUGUAAUACACAUGAGGAGCAGGUAGUUAGGUACUCCAGAUAACAUGAAGGGUGUUGCAUACUCCCCUUCAUAUUUUGAAGUGUAGAUAUUGUAGCUAGAUUUUUGUUUUCUUUUUUCUUUUUUUCAGGUCAAAUUAGUUUUUUACUAAUCACAAGAUUAGGAAAAGGCUUGCAAAAUUGGGAGUCUUCUGCAAAGCCCACCAAUGUAUACAGGGUUGCUGGUAUAGGUUGAUAUAGGUCCUGAUUAUGUUAGAUGAUUGCAUUAGACUGUUUAUGUUGGGGAUCGUGAUGCAGUAAGGGUGCAAAGAGAGGGUUGGACAUAUGCAUAUAUACAGAUCCUGAGUUCUUCCCUAAAUGUUGAAGUUGGUCAAGCACAUAUCGCUCAAGAGACCACUUGACUAUAAGUAAUGGUAGAAAACACAUUUUUAUCCCUUGAUUAUCCUACAAUGCUAAUGUGGUGGUUUCAAUCCAAUAAUUGGUUGAGAUUGUUAUGUAAAUCCAUAACCAUUUUUUAGAGGUUUUGAAACGACAUUAUCAGCCAUUUUUUAGAUUAUCAAUGAGUUCAGCCUAGUUAUAAUAAGCCUGUUAGCGUAGGGUUCAUAAAUUGUAGUAUUAAAUGUCUCCAUUUGUCUUUUUGUUU